GCAUUCGGGACGCUGCCGCGUCUCUCAAUAACUAACGGAGUGAUCAUAUUUGUUACAGUAUGAAAACUGGGAUGGUGAUUUGCCUGCUGCGAAAUCGACGCGGAGUACAGGUUUCAGCUGAAUAAAAAAUGCGAGAAAAAGUGAAGGAGAGAAACUAGAAAUUUAGCAGCGGUCGUGCAGUUCACUGACUACUUGAGUCGAAAGUCGAAAGCUGCGUGAACAAUCGUGGCAUGUAUGAACGGGACGUCGUUCGUAGCAAAUGUCUAGUGUCAAAUUAACCAUGCUGAAACGCGUAUUCGAGAUCGUACAGACCAAUUGAAAGUAAUUAAGAAAAGAUGGUGUCAUUAAUAAAAAAGCAACUGUUGAAACAUCUGUCCAGGUUUACCAAGAAUUUGUCGGCAGAUAAAAUAAACUUAAGCACGUUCAAAGGAGAAGGCGAAUUGACAAACUUGGAACUCGAUGAGACGGUCUUAACAGAUUUAUUAGAGUUGCCAUCGUGGCUUAGAUUAACAAGCGCUUGGUGCAAUAAAGUUUCGUUCCGCAUACAAUGGACCAAGCUGAGAAGUGUUCCUAUUUUUUUGAGUUUGGAUGAAGUUCAUAUAGAAGUAGAAACAUGCGAAGACUUAAGGGAUUUAACAUCCCCGCAAGGACUGUCCUCGUAUACAGGACCUGGGAAAUAUUCUUUUAUACAAAAAGUGAUCGAUGGUAUAACAGUGACUGUCAAUACAGUGUCAGUUACGUUUAAGAGCCCUGCGUUUAUUGCUUCAGUUCAGAUGAAUCGCAUCGUUGUUGAAUCAAAGUCUCCGACGUGGCAGAGAUGUGAUUUAAGAACUACUAGAGUAAAAGACCCUGACCGCGGUCAGUUACUCAUUUUUAAGGAAUUAGAAUGGCAGACGGUUAGGAUAGAAGCACAAAGUACUAAAGAUAAGAACCUUACGCCAUUACGUUUACUUACAAAUCAAGCAAGAUGCCGGAUCAUUAUCAAGAAAAGAAUAUCAGAUUGUUUUGUCAUGGGGUCAAGACUGAUUCUAAUUUUAGACGACCUCCUCUGGGUUUUAACUGAUUCACAAUUAAAGGCAGCGCUUCAUUUCAUCGACUCCUUAGGAGGUCUAAUAGAAAAAGCUACAAUUUUAGAACGUAAAACGAAAGCAGCUAGGAAAUUAGAGGUUUGUAAAUGUUUCAAUCGGUCGAAGAGUCAACACACCACUCUUAUCUCGAAAUUUUUCGCCAAGUACGACGUCGUGGAAACAUCAUAUCAUUUUCUUUGCCAAAGAAUUGAUUUACAUUUGUGCGACGAUCCUGGCAAUGGCAGGUCUUCUCAUCCCGAUUUGAAGGACGGUGGUGCGUUGCAAAUUUCGCUAGUCAGAUUUCAAGUUGACUAUUAUCCAUAUCAUUUAGCAAUGGCUGAUAGGAAGCAUUGGGUCAAGUACAAAGAGAACGCUACACCCCACAGCCAAUGGUUACAGCAAUCGUUAAGCUCUUUCCGUAGCCAAUUUAUGGAUCUCAUUGAUUCUGGUAGAACGCAGCAUUCUCCCCUAACGAGAAGCCAAGGGAAUGCUCCAGUUAAUAACGCGAAAGGUGCGGGAGAAAAUUUGGAGAAGGGUAAUCAAGCCCAGAAUGCAAACGCGGCUGGUCAGGAGCAGAAAAAGUCGCAGCACCCCAGCGGGAAUCCAGUGAAGAAUUAUAUUUUGGAACAUCUGGCUAAAUUAAUGACGACCUGCAUUAUAAUACGAAUCGACGACUUCACUUUGUACAAAGUAACGACGACAUCCCGUAAUCCGUUGCCGAAAGAGUUUGCCACAGCUCAAACAAGGAAGAAACAUGCAGCAGGUGACAGAGACAGGUUUUGUCUUCCGGAAGAUGUCACGAUCCUCCACGCAGAAUUUACGUAUUAUUAUUAUCCAGGAGACAUCACAUUUCCAUUGCCACCACCAAAAUUUUACGUACAACUAAACCCGAUACAAGUAAACUUCGACGUUUGCUCCUGUUUAUGGUUUAACUCCUUCGGCUUGAAUUUAUAUCAUUCCCUGAUAACGAAUAAGGACAAGCAAGGAACAUAUGCUUCCACGAAUUUAAUGUACUUCGACGUGAAGAUCGAAGCUAUACUUCCAAGGUUAGUUUUUGAAAGCCAGCAAGACUAUCCGAAUCAAAAAGACAGGCCAAAAUCUUUGCACAUUCAAACCUCGAGAGCGUCUAUAACGAAUGUUCGGUCAAUGGAGAGGUCUUCAAGAGCGGACUUAGCACAGUGUCUAAAUGCCUUCCAAAUGGGUCAAAUGUUCUUCGGUACAGAAUUCCCGAAUCGUUCAGAAGAUUUCCACGUAUUAACAGACAAAUUCUUAGCACAUUGUGCAGGUACGGAUAAUAUCCGUUACCCACCGCCUAAUUUCACAAGUAAUUCAGUGAACGAACUGGUCCGCCAGUUGCAUCGAGAACUUUUAUGGACCGAAGCAAAAGACAUAUGGUGUUGCAAUUUGGAGCCUGUUUGGGGCGAUUUCCUCGGUGCACGCGCGGUAGGCCAGAACCGCCCUGUUCCGUUCCUCGACGCGUUCCCUUUAACACUGUGGUGCUACGUCUCGAUGAAGCCGUCGGAGAAUGAUUCAACAGAGGGGAAGUCUUCUGCCGCCGACAUCCACGGUCUCGCGUAUAUAAGCAAUCUAGUUAGCGUGCAAAUAAAUCAUUACCAGUAUCUGUUCUUACUGAGACUAUCGGAAAUCUUAUCAGAAAUGGCGACGUAUUUAACCAUCGAUUCCAAUAAAAUAUUGAACAUAGACUCGGACAGUUCGCUCGUGAUCGGCGCGCUAAUACCGCAAGUAGAAGUGACGUUCGUAAUGCCGUCGCAUACUCCCGGCAAGGAGAAUUCUGGCGGCGAUUUGGAAUCGGUCAUGCCGGAUUCGUCUAGCAUAGCCGACGAUCUUCCGGGCUCGUCUAUCCCGUGGCAGAACACCGAACGAAUCGAGAGCACCAGUAAAAAGAUCAACAUAAGUACAGAAAUAGCAACACCGCAAAGCGACGUAUCGUCGAUGUUGUCUAUGGACUUCAUGCAUCCUGUUAAUCCGUCUCAAACUGUAGUGACGUUCAAGCAGAACGGUACGAAUAAACAUGAUCAAAUAGGCAACGCGAUGCAUGAGAAACAGUGCAUCGGUAUUGAAGAAGAGAAAGUGUUGCCUACUUUAAGAUACGCCACUGAUGCUGCUCAUAAACACGGGAAAGGCGACUCGGCCUCGAACACGCCGUUCAUUCCUAAUAAUUUCAACGUCGGGCUUUCUUCUAUGAAAAAGGGAUUCAGUAAUUUGAUGACGUCUAUCGAUUCGGCUCUUAAGGCUUCCCCGGAAGACGGUAGCAGUGACACUAUGUCUAUUAGGAGCGACGUUAGCUCGGACAGCGAGAAUUACGUAUUGAUAAGCCUUCAGGAUCAGGAGAAAUUAGACGCGAUAUUCUCUGUUGAUAAUUCGAUUCGAAUAACGGCGGUCGAGGAAGCUAGUGAAGUGGUAGAAGAGACGCCUGAUACCCAGAGCGAGAAAUCUAUGGACAGCGUGUGCAAACGGAAGGAUAUUGUGUCCAUGGCGACGUUCAAACUGUCCAAAGUCGAAUUUAUUCAACAAUCUUCUGGGUACGAAUCGACGAUCAAGGUACAAGUCGCGAAUAUUGGUAACGACGAAUGUUCGUCUAUCCCAUGGGACGAGUUUCAGGUGAAGAGGAAGACAAAAUUCAGUGCCCGGUCUAGAGGCUGGCUCGAACUGCCUUCAGAUUCAAACUGCAGAUCCUGCAUUAAAGUACGAUUGGAUCACGGUUUAAAAUCCAAGUCGGACUCAUGGAGAUUGUCUCAAGCAAGCCGAACGAUAAGCAACAAAAAUACGCCUGUAUCCCGGAAUCAAAAUCAGAAUAACGCGACCGAGCAAGGAGCGGAUGCCCCCGCCAUCGACCUGCAUAAUAAACAGAGCGUUCUGGAUCUGUUCGAAGACAAAUUAGAAGUGAAAGUUACUAAUAUAUCUAUGUCCUUAUCAAUGAGUUCAAUAACUGGACUCACAGAUCUGAUCGAAGACGAGAUUAUACCCAAACCAAUACCAUUACAGAUCUAUUUAGAAAAUAUAUCGUUACGAUUGAACGAAGAUCGUCCUCCGAAUAAUAUCACUUCGCCAGGACCAAUUCCUAUAGAUCUGAACGUCUCGAAACUUAGAGUAAUACGAGACACCGAUGGAGUUUUUCGCAUUGAACCAGUUGCAAACACGUUGAGCACGUGUAAUUCCCUGACGAUGCUGACGAACAGUGAUAAUCAGACAGACCAAUAUAUCAGCAAUGAAAUGGAAUUAAACGUUUUGAGGCAGUCGAGCAGGCAGUUGAAAUCGGACAACGAGGAACUUCAACGUCGCCUUAACGCCUUGGAGAAAUUAUCAGAAGAGAACACGAAAUUGAUCCGUAUAAAGGAGGAGACCGACGUGAUAAAAUCCCAUUUGAGCGCCGCGCAAGAAGACAUACAGCUGCUUCUGAAGGAGAAGAGAGCCUUGCAAGGAACAAUAAUGGAGCUUCAAAAUCAAAUAAUCGGAAGUAGUACGCGUCCAUCCUGGUCGUCGAAGAGAUAGCACAGCAGCUGUUUCGAUUGUUCCAAAUGCUGUAGCUCGAAUAAGUCGUAAUAAUAAUUUUCCUAAUUGUUAAUUAAUUUCUAUUUCAUUGAAAACGUUCAUUAACGUUUACCAAACGUUUUUAUGUAAUUUACAUUUAAUCUGCUCGAAUUUUCGUUAUUACCAAUUUUACGCAAGGACGUCACUUGCCUACAGCCUUUUUCAUCGUCUUCUUUAUCCCGAUUACGCCAGCAACUGCCGUUCACCUACUUAACAAUGUAAUAAUUGAGAAAGUAUUCAGUUCCAUACGAGAAUCAUAUUUCGCGUGAAACGAUGCUGUUCUCUUACUACGAACAAGCAUAAGGCGAUAACUAUGGCAAUAGUAGUCAGUGUUUAGUGUUUUCGUUGAUAACAAAAAUUCAAUGAACAUUCUCAGAAAUGUAAAUGAGAAUCUGCGGUAGUCGAAAAAAGGUGAUGUACAUACGAGGUUGUUAAUAUUUGCACAUAAUAUAUUUGUUGCAUUAUAUAGAUAACGAGGCGUACGUAAACAUGGAUUGUAGUAUGCUAGUCGAAAUAACAUAUUGCAAUAUUAUACAUACGUAUAUAUAUACAUAUAUAUAUAUAUUUGAUUUUAUAGCAGUGAUUGUUGAAACAGAGAAUUGAAUAUAAAUUUUUUACCAAUGCUUUCCGUUCUCCUCGUCACAAAUGUUCUGACGAAUUUCGUAACUUUUAAACGCGAAUCGUCAGAAGUAUCCAUUAAAUGCAAUGUAAUAAAUGUGAGAUAUUAAUAUUAAUGGAUAUUGAAUGACACAGAUCGUUCGAGCCUACGAGUAGAUUGUCUAGCUUGAAAAUUGAUGAAGGUCUGUUCGUUCGUAUCGCGUAUAUUUCGUCGGUGACUUAUUUCACCGAUCUACGCGUGAACUAGACGAACGAUCACGAGAACGACUAUAAAUAAUAAUCUAUUAACAGUGAUAAUCUGAAAUGUUUUUAUAAGACUGUGAAUUCGAUGUUAUUACGUUAUCCCUUGUAUUAUCUUUAAACUAAGGGUAUGCAAUUGAUAUUUACGCUCUUACCCUCGAACUGCAUAAUAUUGAACUACAUUCAAUUAAAAUUACAAUCUAAUCGUGUACUGUAAUCGACUAAAUAAGUUCGUCGUAAUGUACUAUGUACCGUUGUGAUAUAUUCACGUUUAACGAUUGUUCGUUACUGUGGAUUUCGUUUGAAAGGGUUGCUGGCCAAUCCACUUGUCGUGACGCAGUCAGGUAUUUUUCUAGCGUAUAUCAAUCGAAAUUAUUGAUUCGUUUCCCAUUUUACGAAGUUCUCUUUUCAUAAUUCAUGUUUUUUACUGUAACAUCCAUCGCCAAAAUUGUUUAGGACAGACAUGUAAACAAGUUUGGUUUAAAGUUUUAUUGUCUUUCUUUGUUCUUAAAAUGUUUCGUCCAUUUUUAUUAAAUAUUAUAUUUAAGUGUCGCAUUAAAAAUUCUGUUCUCAGUUACGCGGAUGUAAUAUAUAUAUAAAAAUUGCAUAUCUAUGGAUAGAUAAGAGAAUUAAGUGCAAACAUUUUAGAAUAUCUGAAAUCAGUAGAUAUAUAGUCUAUGUGUUACGAUGAGACUAAGAUUUACUUACGCGACGUAUUUUCGUUACUUCCAUAUACAACAUACGUAUUUUUAACAUUCAAAGGAAAUGAUGUUCGUAACGUUUUUGAAAUAUUGUGUUAUAUUAUUAAAUUCUUUUAUAAACUAACAGUGCUUUUGUUCAACGAUUUAGUUUAGAAUACUUCCCUUUUAUUGAUAUUACGCCAGUUAUUUUCAUUAAAAAAAAAACCAUAUUGUUAUAACAUAUCUUCUAACUUACAGAUAAGUAAGCGUAUGCCAUUUAACAGUGUUAAGCAGCUUAAGUUUUGUGACUGACUAUAAGUUAUCUUAAUAAAACGCAAGAUAUCAUAAUUUCAGUAAUUUUCACGCUGUUAUUCUCUUUUGUCUUCGGGUCUAAUUAUUUUUUAUCAUUUCUAACAACUCUGGUCCCACGAGUAUACAUAAGGACUCUAGAAUAUCGUAAAAACACAUAUACGUAUAAUAAAUAUAAAGAGUUUCAGAAAGUAUGUAUCUAUAGUAUUAUUUGUAUAAAUAUAUUUUCAGCAUCUUCGCUAUAACCUCGUGACUAUUAUUAUAUAUUAAGUACGCGCGUAAAUGGUAUAUAUUACUGUUAACUUAAGUAUGUUUAUCGCCAGUUUUAUAUACUUAUAAUAUUUUUUUAAUGGUUGGGUCUAUACUUGGUAGGAGUUCUGUUCUAAUGCUUCCCCGGCGUUUAACAUUUCUUUCCCUCAUUAUAAUAAAUGUAUUGCGAUUUAUAAGAGAAUCUGUUAGAAAGUAGCAGAUGUAAAUAAACUAAUGAAAGUUGAA